AUGGCAUCAGGAAGUCGACGAAAUCUUCGACAAAAACAAAACUUUGAUCAAGUCCCUGAAGGAAAAGGCGGUAAUUUCCCUUAUCGAACCUUGCGCCUAAUAGAUCGAAUGGCCCAGAAAAUGCUGCAAACAAUACAAGAAAACAAAGACAUUCUUAGGUCCAAUGCAGUCUCCAAAGUUGUCAACUACACAUCAAAACCUCAUGGAUACCAAGAUAUUCCUGUAGAUAUUGAUGUGGCAAUUCUUACCUUGAAAAUAACCACAGAUCAAGGGAAAGAACUUAGUAGAGAACUGGGAGAAGACAAAGCUACAUUAACACAGACAACAGCCCUCAGUCCGAACAGUGACACUUCAAUAUCGUCAUUUGGCAAGUUCUGCGUUAUUGCUGAUAUUCAAACUCCACUGAGCUGUAUUGACGCAAUAGCCUGUAUUGGAUCUGAUGAAGCUUGGAUUGCUGGAACAAGCAAAGUUAUUCUACGUUUUGACAUAUUGAGUGGCUCUGUUAAGGAAUCUAUCAAAAUUACAGGGGAGCCAGCAGACAUGUCGGUAACUCAACAAGGAGAACUGAUAUUUACUGAUUUUGCCAAGAAAAGUGCCAUUGUCAAGUCUGGUAUGACAGAAACCCUGAUAAAAGCACCUCGAGGUUGGAGAGCAUAUGGACUAUGCUGCACUAAUAAUGGUGAUAUCCUUGUCAGCAUGAACACUGAGGAUGAAAGGCAACAAAAAAUAGUUCGGUUUCAGGGAAAGGUCGUAAAACAAGAAAUAGGAAAAGAUUUAGAUGGUAACCCUCUUUUCCAAAGAGGAGGCUACAUACUUUAUUUGGCCGAAAACACAAACGGGGACAUUUGUGCCUCUGAUGGAAAUGCAAAGAAAGUAGUUGUGGUGGAUGCAACAGGGAUAGUCAGAUUUCGUUACAAUGGUUAUGGAGCAAGAGGGAAGAAAUAUUUCUCUCCAGAGCAAAUAGCUACUGAUUCUAUGUGUCAGGUCAUCGUGACGGAUCAGAAGAAUGAUUGUUUACACAUUCUUGAUCAAAAUGGCAUUUUCUACAAUGUGUGGAUAACUGUGGAUUAG